AUGGUUGGGGACUCAGAGGAGAAUGAUGAUUGUGUAAUCGCUGAUGAAAUGAUUUACAUACCUGAAGUCAGAAAUGAGAAAAGACCAAAAGUUGGGAUGAAGUUCGAUUCACUUGAUUUCGUUUAUGAUUUCUACAAUAGAUAUGCUUUAUUGGCUGGCUUUAGUAUUCGACGUCAUUCCAGCGGGAGGGAAAAAUACAGUAAAGAAAUUCUAAGAAAAGAAUUUGUAUGUUGCAAACAAGAACCUGCAAAGCUACUCACAAAACAACUUGGUUCAGCUGAUAUACCUACUCAUAAAAAGAUGAGUAUUUUGGAGGUGCAAUCUGGAGGAAUGGAGAAAAUUGGUUUUACCAAAAAGGAUAUUUACAAUUUUGAAUAUUAUGAGAGUAGCCUGAUGAAGAACCAUGAUGUUGAACUGAUCCAACUUCUAGACGAGCAUACGGGAUUUAUGCUCGAUACCACAUUCAACACGAACCGAUAUGGCUUGCCAUUUGCACCAAUGUUAGGGGUUAAUAACCAUGGUCAGACAAUUGUUUUAGCUUGUGCAUUUUUAAGUAAGGAAACGACUGAGUCAUUUAUUUGGAUGUUUGAGGAGUUUAAAAAAGCCAUGCCAGGUGGUGAGCCAAAAAUGAUAAUUACAGAUCAAGAUGCAGCUAUGGCUAGAGCAAUUUUUGAAGUAUUCCCCACUACAUUUCAUCGACUUUGCAUAUGGCACAUCACAACCAAGUUCUCUGAUAAACUACCACGAAUUGCUUAUGAGGAAUAUUGGAAAGAGUUUAAAGAAACCAUAUGGGAGAUUGACAAUAUAGAUGAAUUUGAAGAAAAGUGGCAUGCAAUCAUUACAAAAUCUGGUUUGACUGACCAUCCAUGGCUGAGUUCAGUUUUUGAUUUGCGAAAAUCAUGGGUUCCAGCCUAUGUAAAACAUAUUUUUGCCGCUGGAAUGUCAAGCAGUCAAAGAGCAGAAGGCUCUCAUGCAUUUUUCAAGCAAUAUAUAUCAAGGAGAAAUUCAUUAAUGGAUUUCAUAACACGAUUUCAAAGGGCACUUUCUCAUCAACGUCAAAAAGAGUUACUUGCUGAUCACAUUGAUGCAUUCGAAAAGCCUCAAUGUGCUCUGUUGUUGACAAUGGAUAAACAAAUGGCUGAAAUAUACACAAAGGCAAUGUUCCAAAAGUUUGAACAGGAGCUAAUGCAAAGUUUACCGUGUUUUAUGGAACUGAAAAUGGAUGAUGCUUCCAAAGCUAUCUAUAAAGACAUCCCCGUCAAACAAUGA